AUGAUCAUCUACAAGGACCUUAUCUCGGGUGACGAGAUCAUCUCCGAUGUCUACAAAGUGACCGAUGUCGGUUCUGGACUCUGGGAGUACGAUGGCAAAAUGGUCAAGAAGGGCGCUGAGAACUUCGUUCUUGAGGGCGCCAAUCCUUCUGCCGAAGGCGAGGAUGCCGAUGAGGGUGGCGCCGAGGGCGGCGUGGAGCAGGUGAUUGACUUCGUGGACGACUUCCGAUAUAACAAGAUCGAUGGUCUUGACAAGAAAGCAUACAUGGGAGAUGUGAAGAGGUACAUGAAAGCUCUCACCAAGAAGAUGGAGGAGGUGGGCAAGUCCAAGGACGAGGUCAAGGAGUUCCAGACUGGUGCUCAGGAAGGCAUCAAGAAGAUCAUCGCCAACUUCAAGGAUUACGAUGUCUACAAGGGCGAAUCCCUGGACGAUGACAGCAUGUACAUCCUGGUCAACUUCCGUGAGGAUGGUGUGACUCCUUUUGCCACCAUCUGGAAGCAUGGCUUGAAGGAGGAGAAGGUGUAA